GCGGGGCUCCACGUAUAAAGGGUGAAGCGGGCGGGCCUGGCAGGCAGGAGGGUUGGCACCCGCCCAGCAGGACCCAGGAGGCUUUGGUGCCCAAGUUAGAGAAGCAGCCGGAACCAUGAAUCUGUGGCUCCUUGGCCUGGUGGCCUGCUUCGUGAGUGCCUGGGCCCCUGCCGUCCACACGCAAGGCGUCUUCGAGGACUGCUGUCUGGCAUAUCAGCACCGCGUUAGGUGGGGCCUGAGAAAAUGUGUCCAGGAUUACCAGAUCCAGCAUGUGAGCGGGAGCUGCAACCUGCCGGCCGUGAUAUUCUUCUUCGGUCAGAAAAAAUGGACGGUGUGUGCGAACCCAAAGGCCAGGUGGGUGCAAGACUGGGUUAAGUUCGUGGACAAGCGGAAGGAUGCCCACCCAAAGCCCAGCUCUGGCAACCUCUCAGCUAUUUGUGCCAGGCUACUGUCAUCCAAGCCUAGCAAUCCCUCCGUGUACAGAACAAGGACCUCCGUCCAGACAAGAGACAGUGCAAGUAAGGAUUCUGGAUCAUGUACCCAUCCCUCCACCCAAGUUGAGACUCACGAGCAGCCCUGACUGGCUCAGAAGAUAUGCCUCCAGGAACGAGGCCUAACUUUUUGGUCAGCCUGAAGGUUCACACCUGACCCAACCCAGGGGUCUCCAACAAAGCUUCAGCAAGAGAUGAAAUACCAGAUGGGUGGGCCAGAGCUGCAGGGGUCCCACUCCACCCCAGAUCACCUGCCAGCCUCUCCAAUUCUUCCUGCAGGACAGUGAGCACAAACGUCUCCAGGAUGAGCCAGCCAGAGAUCGGCGGGCCUUUCUGCCUGGAAACUGCAGCCUGCAGCCCCCGUUGUCCCAGACGCUCUAUCCUUCAGGCCAAAUCUCAAUACCUGUGCUUGCCACUGUGUUAGUUCCCUCCCUGUUACCCAAUCACCCCAGUUCCUCAGGCAGCUAGAAGGAGGGAGCUGACCUUAUUUCAAGUUCUUUGCCUGGCCCAGGCAACAGGUUUUUUUCCUUUUCUUUUUUUUUUCUUUUUUUUUUUUUUAGAGAAUUAGGUUAUGUCAUCCACCCACAGCCUCUUGCCACCCACUCCAGACCACAUCUGUCUGUGCCCCCCUGACAGCUGCUUACUGGAGGGCCACUCCUGUCCAUUCCACAGUGUACUUUUGCUAACUUUCAAAUAAAUCUUCGGUGGAACA